AUGUCUUCCUUAACUCAACUCAAACACCUUCCAAGCUUUCACCACAAAGCUUGCACAAAAAGCAAACUCAUCCACCGGAUUCGUGUCUAUUGCUCCACCAAUACUACUACUAGUACAACUAGUGCUACCCUAAAUUCCAAGCCCAAUGUUGAUCAAUUGAUAGUUGAGCCUAGAUUUGCGCCGCUGCCAAUAAAGGCAGUAACCGUCGCUAACCAUCCAACAGAGAGUGACGCAAGUUUGCAAUCAACAUGGUCUCAUCGCGCAUGGGUGGCGGUUGGAUGCACAACUUUGCUAAUUUCUUUGGGAGAGUCUAUAAAGGGUUCAAUGGAUAUGAAUAUGUGGGUUGAGCCAAUUUUGGCAGGUUGGGUUGGUUACAUCUUAGCCGAUCUCGGGUCUGGAGUUUAUCAUUGGGCCAUUGAUAAUUACGGAGAUGGGUCAACCCCGUUUGUUGGAUCUCAAAUUGAGGCUUUCCAAGGCCAUCACAAGUGGCCUUGGACAAUUACAAAGCGCCAAUUUGCUAACAAUUUGCACGCGCUCGCCCGUGUGGUGACCUUUAUAGUGCUUCCUAUAGACCUUGUUUUCCACAACCCUAUAGUUCAAAGUUUUGUUGCAGUGUGCGCGGGUUGCAUUAUGUUUAGCCAACAAUUUCAUGCAUGGGCUCACGGGACAAAGAGCCGGCUUCCGCCGCUUGUGGUGGCUUUGCAGGAGAGCGGUGUGCUUGUGUCACGGUCGCAACAUGGCGCGCAUCAUCGGCCACCAUAUAACAAUAAUUACUGCAUAGUAAGUGGAGUUUGGAACGAGUUAUUGGAUGAAACUAAGGCUUUUGAAGCUAUGGAAAUGAUAUUGUAUUUUAAACUUGGAGUUAGACCAAGAUCAUGGAGUGAACCUGCUUCGGAGUGGAUGGAGGAUAUUGAAAUUGCUUCUCAAAGCCAAGCACAAUGA